AUGAUCUUUAGUAGAGGGCGUGACAAUGAUAAUGGAAGUGCUGUGUUGAAGACCAAACCGCGGCCCGAAUGCGUCAAGAUCGUGGACUUCAGGGAGGUAGAGAGUUCGGCGAAGUCGUGUCAGAUAUUGGACAAUAGAAAGGUGGUCUAG